CAAAAAAACUCCUUAUCAUCUUCUUCACAAUCUCUCUCUGUCUUCUGAUGUACAACUCAGUGGCAAAAACAUGGAUAAGAGCUGGUUAUUGGUAUGUUGGCAGUGAAUCUCCUAUACCGGACAUAAACUCAGCUUUAUUCACUCACCUUAUAUGUUCUUUUGCCACUGUAAAUUCUUCUACUUACCACCUCUCAAUACCUUCUUCCGAUGAUCAAUAUUUUUCAAGCUUCACGACAAUAGUAAAGCGAAAAAAUCCGUCAAUCACAACGCUUCUCUCGAUCUGGAACGGUCAAGCGGAGACCUCAAAGGCCAUACUUGGUGAGAAAGCGAAUUUCUCAAUCUUGUCCUCAAUGCUUAGCAAGGCUUCAAACAGAAAGGCUUUCAUUGAGUCUUCAAUAAGAUCAGCAAGAAGAUACGGAUUCCAAGGGCUGGACUUGUUUUGGUUGUGGCCUAAUUCGACUUCGGACACAACCAACAUGGAAAUUCUCCUAAACGAGUGGAGAGAUGCUGUGAACUCCGAGUCUAGAAACUCAAGUCAGUCGAAAUUGAUGCUCACCAUGUCACUUCAUUAUGUGCCUGAUUUUGGAUCUUUUAGUUACCCAAUUGAGUCCAUAGCAAGGAAUUUGGAUUGGGGACAUGUUGUGGCUUAUGAUUAUCAUUUGCCUUCAAAACAGAAUGUUACUGGUGCUCAUUCUGCUUUAUAUGACCCCUAUAACAAUACCAACACUGAUUAUGGUAUAAGGCAAUGGUUGAGCAGAGGAUUUCCUUCUGAAAAAUUGGUUUUGGGAUUGCCUUAUCAUGGCUAUGCAUGGACACUUUUGAAUCCCGAAGAAAGUGAAAUUGGGGCAAAAGCUUCAGGCGUGGCUGUGACAGAAGACGGUUCGAUGAGCUACAAGUACAUCAAGUGGUAUACGCGGAGUUAUGGAGCUCAAAUUGUUUACAAUGCUACUUAUGUUGUGAAUUAUUGUGUGAUUGGAUCGAUGUGGAUCGGUUUUGAUGAUGUAGAGGCUGUGAAGGCUAAGAUUGCUUAUGCCAAGGAGAAGAAGUUGCUUGGUUACAAUGUGUUUCUGGUCACAAAUGACGACAAUUGGGCUCUUUCUCGCGCAGCUCAUGGGGAAGAAAAUGAGCAAGGAAACAAGAGGCGGUUAUUGCUGAUAAUCAUGAUUCCAGUUGCUAUAAUCAUAAUUUUGCUAUCAAUGAUUAUAUGCUAUGUUUCAUGGAAACCACUGAAAGCAAAAGUUUUAGGCAACUUAUCAUCAGCAAGGAAUGCUGAGAAUCUUGACAAUGAUGCUCCAAAUCCGCAAGUGUUCAGCUUCAACAAAAUCAAAAAAGCAACGAAUAAUUUUUCACUUGAAAAUAAGCUUGGAGAAGGAGGAUUUGGCAUUGUGUACAAGGGUAAACUGCCAAGAGGCCAGGAAAUUGCAGUGAAGAGACUAUCAAAGACGUCGAAUCAAGGAGUUGAGGAAUUCAAAAAUGAAGUUACACUUACUGCAAGAUUACAACAUGUAAAUCUAGCCAGAGUACUCGGAUAUUGCACCGAAAAGGAAGAAAAGAUGCUGAUCUACGAGUACAUUCCAAAACAUAGCUUGGACUUUUACAUUUUUGAUCCUAUCCAACGGCAUCAAUUAGAUUGGAAACGACGGGUUCACAUUAUUGAAGGGAUUGUUCAAGGGCUUUUGUAUCUCCAAGAAUACUCAAAUUUCACAAUAAUUCAUCGAGAUAUCAAAGCAAGCAACAUUCUACUGGACCAUGACUUCAAUCCCAAGAUAUCAGACUUUGGAAUGGCUAAACUCUUUAGGAAAGACGAACUUGAGGCAAACACAGACCGGAUUGUCGGAACAUAUGGCUAUGUUCCACCUGAAUAUGUACGGAAAGGAACGUACUCCAUGAAGUACGAUGUCUAUAGCUUCGGAGUUCUGCUUUCGCAGAUCAUCAGUGGAAAGAGGAACACGCAAUAUUACGGACCUAGUGAAAGUUUGCAUCUUUUACAAUAUGCAUAUCAAACGUGGGAACGCGAGAAAGGAGUGGAAUUUUUCGAUCCCUCACUAGACGAUUCGUCUUCGCAUUGUAAACUAAACAUUUGCUUGCAAGUAGCUCUACUAUGUGUCCAAGAAAAUCCAGAGGACCGGCCUUCAAUGUUGGACAUAUUUUCAAUGCUUAGAGACGAAACCAAGGCCAUUGCUACUCCAAAAAAGCCAGCUUUCACGGAGAAAAAUGUUGGGAAUGUGGAAAGCGCAUCCACAUCCCAGAAAGCGAGUUGUUCGGCUAACUAUUUUUCAAUUUCUGAUGUUGUACCGCGGUGAUUGUGCAGGCUCCGUUGCAGAAACUUAUGUCACAGAAACUAGUGUUGGUUUUUGUUAGUUAUUAUGUGUUGUGUAUAUGAAAGAAAAA